UAAUUUAUAUGUUUACAUCCAUGAAAACUUAAAGUGUAUACGCUUCUGAGCUGACCGCGUUAUUCGACUACAAAUCAAUGCCUUCAAUUAAUGGCCUGUCAUGAGAAUGCUACUUAAAGGAACCCAGUUUGUGACACCAUACUGAUUUAAGAAAUUCACAACAGAAGAAAUCACACGUACAACAUGAUACCGCGAAGUGUGCUACUACUGAUUCCGUUCACCAUGUAUUUGGUCUGUAGGACAAAUGGAUGCGGAAGAGAAGUAUGGCGACAAACGGAAAGGCAAUGGCUAGAAGAGGAAUGGACGGACCUGACAGAUAUGGAAUUGUAUCCGAAUGCACUUGAUAAAUUUCUAACUUUUAUAUAUAGUCAACCAGAAUAUGGUCAGCUGCAAAAUGAUAUGCUUCGAUUGAGGGUUACAUUGGCGGAAGAACUGAUGAAAACAAACCUAGAGAGAAGAACAGAAGUGUUUAUACAAUUCAAGUCCUUUUACGCCAGGAUGUACAAAACCUUGACGAGGUUUGUUCUUCAGGUUCCGGAGAUGUUGAAAAGAAACGCCCCAACUGUGCUAAUUAAUCUUAAGUUCAUCACUAACAUCUUGGACCCUAAUGACGAAUCCUUCAAUAUCGAUUAUACGCACUAUAUUCUGGAUCGCUGGCAGAAGAUAGAAAAUGCCACGAAGCUUGUGCUCUUGAAAAUGGGUCGUUACGUCGCAAAAGAAAAUAUGAAAUGGUUUCAUAACGAGAAAGGAAUGUUAGAAUAUUGGUUUGUUGAACUUAGCUAUCGUGCAAGGUUUUUGAAAACAGAAACUACUACUUUUGAUAGAACCACAGGAGCCCGUGCUGGAAUAGGCUCAGCUAACAGAGGAACUUUUGAUUUGGUAGAGAUAAUUGAACUGAAAAAAAAAAUGAAAUCUCUCCAGGAUUUGGCUCCUUCUCCAUAGAUAAAUUUUGUAAAAUAGUUACGUUACGCUUCUUAAUAGAUGUCUGACAAUAAAUAAAUCAAAGUUUGUUUUAGCUGCACUUCUAUGGACCCCAUUUACCAAUCGUAAAGAAACAACAUUU